AGUACAUUUCGCGAUUGCAGCCAAUCUUAAGCCACAAACCACCAAACAGCGCAAGCUGUUUUCGAUCCGCUUAAAGAUCCAGUGCACAUGCAUGACUGUUAAACGGCGGAGUUAUUUUAUUUAAACUCUGUGAAGUUCUCUGUAUUUUUAUUCUUUUUUUUUUUUUUUUUUUACCGGAAAAGCGUAGCAAACUCAAUAGGACGCAACUCCUGCACUCUGCGGUCCACUCCAAAACACAACUGAACCGCAAGUCGCUGCAUGAACAUGGCACUGGUCUGGCUCCAAUCUCACCUGCCCUGUGCUAACCCAACCAGUGUCACCAGUAUCGCAUAUCGGCACACUCCCAGCAAAGCUUGCUAAACAGUCCUGUGUGGAGAGCCAUGCUGUCUGGUACUUGGCGGCGCUCUGUGGGGCAUCAGUCUUCUGCAACACCUGUGGUGACCACCAGGGGGACGACAGUGUGUGCGGUCCCCAGUGGUACAGUUGUCCUUGAGGCCCAAUACGACUACAACUACCGAGGUACAGAUGGAAGCCAGGUCUGCAUAAGGGAGGGUGAACGGUUUGUUCUGCUGAAAAAGGCCAACGCUGAUUGGUGGCAGGUGCGGAGAAUUGGGGCAGCCAGUAAAGCAAAGCCGCUGUAUGUACCUGCCACAUAUGUGACAGAGGUACCUAUCGCACCAAUGCCCUCACCACAACGUCUGGUUAUGUCUGUCUCGCUGAACUCUAACCUUAGGACGCUGCCGAGGAUGUCACUCACUCCUAGCCCAACAGCAACUCCCUAUAAGGAACAGCAUCAAGUGAACAAACCCAUCUAUCGCUCCAUGGAAAACCUCAACACCAAUAGUGCCUUCCAGAGACUGGACAACACCAGCACAGGUGGUGGCCAUUUCCCCACCUUGCCCCUCUCUGGAUUCACCUUUGCCUCCAAAUUUCCCACCUCCCCAUCAGGCCACCAGAUGGUCACAGGGUGUUCUGCAACCUCCACAUCCCAAACAGCACCUUCAAACCCCAGAGUGGUUCCCAUGAUCACACGCAGCCAGAGCUCCAGCGACCUGCCUGAAACCCUGACAGAGAACCCAUACGAUGAAGUGGGCGGUGGCUUCAGCAGUCGCGUUAGCCAUAGGAUACCGGAGAAGGUCCCAACAGAGUCCUGUCUGUCAGAGCUGUCAUGGCAAAACUCCCCUCUUUACACUGAAAUGCAGCCAGAGAAACAUCCAUCACAGCCAGAGCCACCCAGCCCUGCCCCAGGUCAACAGCCUCUUCAGAUCGUGAACCUGUGGGAGCAGUACUCAGACCCAGCUACAGGUAGAUACUACUACAUCAACACCGUCACCAAGGAGAGGUCCUGGAAGCCUCCUCGCCGGGCUCGUGGACACAACACCAGCAAGGUCCCAACAGAGUCCUGUCUGUCAGAGCUGUCAUGGCAAAACUCCCCUCUUUACACUGAAAUGCAGCCAGAGAAACAUCCAUCACAGCCAGAGCCACCCAGCCCUGCCCCAGGUCAACAGCCUCUUCAGAUCGUGAACCUGUGGGAGCAGUACUCAGACCCAGCUACAGGUAGAUACUACUACAUCAACACCGUCACCAAGGAGAGGUCCUGGAAGCCUCCUCGCCGGGCUCGUGGACACAACACCAGCAAGGCUAGCCCAGUACAACCUCAGAAGUCACUCAGGGAAACCAGCCAUCUGUCAUUACGAGCUAUGCACAAGCUGUCACCUGAUGUCCUUUUUGGGAGCCACCAGAGGAAUGCUGACAGUGGCUGGGGGAGGAAGAAGAGCAUGCAGCAUGCAGCCUCCUCUGACGCCGUGAACCAGAUGACAUUCAGCAAUGCAGAUGCCCAGUGUCACAACUCUGACCCCCUGCACAAUGUCAAACUGCAACUUAACCACUCCCAAUCUCUGUUUCUACCUGAGAAUGGCAAGCUGGUCCACCAGUGUAGAGAUUACUCCUGCAAUGUGACCAACAUCAUCAUGGAACCUCCAUCUCCUCAGAGUUCCCCAGAUAGUGAUGGCUGCACACCGGAGUUGGAGAAGGCAGGCCUCUUGAACAAGACAAAGAUUGCAGAAGGAGGCCGGAAACUGAGGAAAAAUUGGAGUCCAUCCUGGGUGGUGUUAGUUGGGAACAGUCUAGUUUUCUUCAAAGAUCCUAAAUCACAGACACCUUCCAGCUGGAAACCAGGAAACAGUCGCCCCGAGAGUAGUGUGGAUUUAAGAGGAGCACAACUGCAAUGGACCAACGAGCUGUCCAGCAAGAAGAAUGUCUUCAAGCUGAGAAAAAAAAAAUUCCUGCUGCAGUCGGAGACGGAUUCUCUGAUCAGAGAAUGGUAUGACACCAUCCAGAAUGUCAUCGACAGGCUGGACCGUGAAAACCCAUUAGACAAUGUCCUUCUGUACUCUCUGAGGAGAGCUGGCAGUGUAGAGAUGUUGGACCACAGUGGAGACGAGGAUGAGACGAGAAAAUCACUCCCUCGCUCAUCAUCUAACCUGGAAAAUACAGAAAGGAAGAGAGUGAAGACCCGGCUGAAGAAACUGAUCCUAAAACGACCUACUCUGCAGGCUCUGCAGGAGAAAGGGCUCAUAAAAGAUCAGGUGUUUGGCUGUCGUCUGGAGAUGGUCUGUGAGAGAGAGAAGAGCACUGUCCCUCGCUUCGUCAGACUUUGUACCGAGGCUGUGGAGCGGAGAGGGCUGGACACUGACGGCAUCUACAGAGUAUCUGGAAACCUGGCAGUUAUUCAGAAGCUACGCUUCCUGGUGAACCAUGAGCGAGCGGUGACUACGGACGGCCGUUACAUGUUCCCAGCGGAGUUGGUACAAGAAGAGAAGGUGAAUUUGGAUGACAGUGAGUGGGAGGACAUUCAUGUCAUCACAGGAGCUUUGAAACUUUUCUUUCGUGAGCUUCCGGAGCCUCUGGUGCCCUACGGCUUCUUCACAGACAUCAUGGAGACAGUCAAGAUGACAGACUACACAGACAAAGUGGACCGUUUGAAGUGUCUGGUGCUAAACAUGCCUCCUCCCAACCACGACACACUGCAGUUCAUGUGCCACCACCUCAAACGAGUGCUGCAACAUUCAGAAACCAACCGAAUGACCACACAGAACAUUGGUAUUGUGUUCGGUCCAACCCUGAUGCGUCCAGAAAGGGACAACGGCAACAUGGCGGUGAAUAUGGUUUACCAGAACCAGGCGGUGGAGCUCAUCCUCAGUGAAUGUGACCACAUCUUCGGAACGAGAGGUCCCUCUUGAUGUUUUGGUGAUGGGAUGAAGGAUUGUUUUUUUGGGGGGGCUCUUUCUGAUCUGACAAAAGUGCAGGUAGUGCAUUGUUUAUAGUCUUUUCCCAUUGGCUCAUAUGGUGUAAAUGUUAUUCACAUCAAAAGAUAAUUAUGGUUUAAAGAAGAAUCAGAACAAGAAGCUGCUAAUGACAUCUGUCCUUCACAUAAAACUAUGUUAAAACAAGACAAUUAUAUUGAUACUUGAGCCUUUGCCUGCAGAAGUGGAGCCCAGCCCACUUCUUUAGCUUUACUUGAUGUUUUGUACUUGUUCAGGAAAUAUAAAAAGCCAUAAAAGUGAUACAUCUUCUCCAGCUAGCUGUGUAUUUAUCAAGAAAUAUGAGGAAGGAUGUCUUAAUGUAGCACUGAAACAAAACUUUGCAGAAUCAACUCGCUGUGAAAACACAUGCUCCAGCACCUCUUGCAGGAAGGAUUGACAGAUCCCAGCUGCAGUAUUAGCACUGAUAUACUGUAAAUUAUGCAAACAGGCAGGAAGCAAGCUGUGGGUGUAAAUGUACCCGCAUCUCCACUGAAGUUAUACACUGCUAGAUGAGUUUUCAGGUUCAUGUGAGAGACCUCUUCAUUUCAGUGAUGGGAUGAAUGUGCCAAACGGGCAGCGAAUGUUCCUUUGUACCAGAUAAUACUGUGGAAAAAUAAUGUGUGGCCCUUAAGAGCUUCCCUUGUUGUACAAACUUGUCUUCUAUUUUCUUCUGCAAACUCCUCAGAUUAAGUUAAAAAUCUUAUUGUAAAUAUGUGAAAUACUGUCUGUAAACUAGUAGCACUUUCAUACAGUGUGUAAUCUUAACAUGUUUUGGCGUAACUCAAACUAAUACAUUUGCUUUUAAAUGAACUGUGUGUUAGCAGAAUAUUACCUGCAGUUAAAAAAAAAAAAGAGUUAAAAUGAUUUGAUGUUUUGUGAUAGCUGGUCAGGAUGUGUCUGGUUGUUUUUAUCAAGCGAUGGCUUGCGUGUGGAGGUAAGUCGGCCUUGGAGACUCAGCGGGUGAUGGUAUCUCCUGUGAUUGGUGCAAAUGCUGCUUUUAAUAACAGAACAAAAGAGGAACUAGAAAUGCAUAUGUUUAAAAAAUGUGGAUUUUCCCCAAAACACUCUCUCUCUCUCUCGCUCUGUGGCUUUGGUAACUUUAUAUUGACUGUGGGUUUGGCAGAAGACGACAAAGCACAGAAAAGAGGGAUGGAGGGAAAAGCUCAGAUUUUGCAAAGUUUUAUUAGAAGUAUUUAUUCAUUUUUAUGUUCAUAUUAUGUCAAGUCGUGAGCGUGUGUGAGGAGGGGUUAAAAUGAUGUGUAGCUGAUUCAAACUUUGGCUCAUAAUGUGGAUUCCCAAGGUCUCUGUAUUUGAUUGACAUAGAAGUAUUUUCUACUUAAACAGACAACCACACUUGUUUAUUUGAUCCAAAUGCUUGUGUUCACACAGUCAUCACAGUUACUUAGUUGUACGUUUAUCCCUCCGUCAGUAAUGCAAUCCAUCAAAUUCUUUCUGGUCUUUUGACAGCCAGGAGCCCCAGAGCCUCUCACAUUAUAUGUUUCCUUUAAUUAUCAUUAUUAUGCAAAUCAAAGUGUAACACACUGAAACCAUUCAAUAGUUUAGUAUAUAGUUUUUAAAACUGGUGUCAGUAAAAAUCCAGUGGCAUUAAACUGCUGUAGACUGUAGCUCUGUGAGGCGUUCGGUCAGAGACGCACAGAAACAUCUCUCCACCCUAAUCAGCAGUGUGUUGCCAGUGAAAGUCAAACUCCAUUACUUUGCCUUUUAACGCAGCCCUUUUCUCUUCUGUUUUCCCUUGACUUUUCUUUGACUUAAUGCUAUGUGAUUGAAUAAAGGCACUCUUAUUAUUCCUUAAUAAGUGUAAAGCAAUGCAAAAUGUGGCCCUGUAUGGCAAGCGUGACAGUCGAAUGUGCAGUCAUUACUUCUAAUGUAGACAAACGAGCACACACACACCCACACACAUGCACGUACUGCUGGGAAAAAUCUGCUUACAACUGAUUUUUGAUGCAUGAACUGAUGAAAUCCAACAACGUUGACUCAAGACCAUUGGCAUCUGUAGGUAGUUAUUUCUGGCUGAAACAUGGUUUGAGCACUUAUUAAAAUGUCUGCAAACAACAGCAUAAAACACCUGUAAAAUAUUUUCAUUUCGUAAUGUUUGUCAUCUAACCAUUUUAAUUUUCACUGUAUAAAUGUAAAUUUAACAAAUUUGAAAGUCUACUUUUAGACUAAUCUCCUUGAGCAGCUGUUUGUUAAUCAACCUGUUUUCUUUUAGGAAGAGGUAUAUAGGGCAAACAACUUCCCUAUGUAUUACAGAAUAGCAUUGUCUGUUAAGUUGUGUAUAUUUGAGAGAAGAGACCUGGAAAGAAAUGUUUGUGGAGAAUCAUGCUUGAAGUGGAUGGGGAUCAGUAUCUUGCUCAGUGGUGGAAUAAACAGGAGAAUUAAAGUUAGAUCUCCUGACUUCUUUGGAAAUGGUUGAACUUGUGAGUUCAUUGUUAACUCUUCCUGUGUUCUGAGUGGCAUGUCGAUCUUUAGUGUUAACGUGGUUAUUAUCCA